GCGAGUAACAGGCAGAAGCGGGUGUGAGGAGUUCAGUGGGCGAAUCACCGACUGAAUCAUAUCAGCAAGAUGAAUUCUGGGACUCGUGUCUUUUCUAAUGACAUCUGGUAAGAAUAAGCAGAAGAUAUGAUAUGUGGGUACGAGCUGCGCUGAGCCACUGAUGCCAUGCUGAACUUCAGAAGAGGAGCAGCUGAGAAAUAGAGGGGAAAAAAGUGAUCAUGACCCACAUAAAGAUGGCAUGUGAAUACCCUUGAAUGUGGCCAGAGCCCCUUCUAUAUUUACUGCUCACAUUCUAUACUCCGAGUCCAACAGUCUCCAAUACUGAGGCUCUGGAUUAACUGUCUCUACUGAACAGACCUCAUGCAAAGUGAUGGAUGACUGUCUUCAGGGGAGUCUGAGUGUUUUGGACCGCCUCCUUCUCACACACUCCAUCUGGCUCCAGCUGUCAAUCAACCCGGACUCUGCCCUCUGCAUCCUGCAGAGAGAGAUUGUUGGGACUUUUCUGGUGUCCAAGUGUACAGUCACUCAGAGGAAAGUGCUGUGUGUGAGGGUUCAGGAGAGCAAUGUGUGUGUUGCACAAUAUCCCAUUCGGGAGGAAGACUCCACUUUCUCUCUGGAGAGCUCAGCCCUGAGUUUUCCUGAUUUGUGCAGAUUAGUGGCCUUUUACUGCAUUAGCAGGGAUGUGUUGCCUUUCCCACUUGAGCUUCCUGAAGCUAUCGCACAGGCCACCAACCACACACAGCUAGAGAACAUCUCACACCUUGGUUUGGAGUUCUGGAGUUCUCAGGCGUCCCCUGCCCCCCCUAACGGCCCUCCUGCGGUAUCUGUGAACUGGUCAUCCAGGCCGCGAUCACCAUGUUUCAUCAACCCCCUCUUCCUGCAGCCAUCCCAGCCAAGUCGAGAAGCUUCACACAAACGCCACAGAUUGAAACGCAGUCUGCGAGUCCGCGUGUCCACCGAAUCGUCGUUCUGCCUGACCCCCGGAGACUCGGAGUGGAGCCAGGGUGACACGGACGUGCUGACGAGCAACGAGAGGACGACACGGAGGGCAGGGGGUCUGAGCAUGCUGAGAAGGACUCCUGCUCUGGUACCUACCUCAGAAGAAGAGGAUGAGCAGAUGCUGGGAGAGGUGCCUCCAACAUCAGCCCCACAGCCAGAUAAAGCAGAGCUUAAAGACAUACAGCAGGACGAGGGGCUCUGCUUGUCACUGGAGCGACGUCAUGCUCCUUCUCUCGCUGAACUGGACAGCAACAGUUCCUUCAGCAGCCUGGAAGAGGAUGAGUCGCAGUCGGAUUCAGCCCUGCAGUGGCCUCCCCUUACGCGGGGAACCCGAUUCCCUGUCGCCAACCCUGCCUCCACCCUACGCCGCAUGAGUGCUGCGUUCGUGUGUGUUUUUGCUCCUGAGCGCCGUGUAGCCCGGCUGGUUGAAGAGCUGUCCCGAGACAGGCGAUCUGCAUUUGGAUCACUGGUCCAAGAUUUUUUAAUACAACAGAAGGAAGAAAUGAAGGUGCGGAGUUGGAGCUCGGCCGUGGAGCUGCUCCAGGGUUUGAGGAGGUUCCUUUCCCAGGCCAAGAGUUUGCUCCUGGAGGCUGGAGAACUGGAACCUCCCAUAGAGACCCUGGUGCCUGAGAAUGAGAAAGAGCUGGCGUUGGAGAAGGCAUUGUUUGGUUGUGUACUGAAACCUCUGAAAGUUCAGCUGGGCCAGAUACUGCUAUCCCUCCACACGCAGGAUGGCUCUCUCCAGAGAUUCACAAACAGUCUGCAGGCCUAUCAGGAGGGGGCGCUGCAGCGCCUGGGUGUACGCGUGGAGGUCGUAGAUGCUCAAGGUGUGGAGAGAGCGAAGAAAAAGCUCACUCUAAUGCAGAGAAGCCACUCGCCUAUAGACAAAGUGCUGCUUCUGCUACAGGUGUGCAAGAGUGUGUACAAGGCCAUGGGAGUGCAGCCUGAACAGGAAUUCAGUUCGGAGGAUUUCCUUCCUGCUCUGUCCUACGUGGUUGUUCAGUGUAACAUCCCACAACUGCUCCUGGAGACAGAGUACAUGAUGGAGCUGCUGGAGUCGUCAUGGCUGUCAGGAGAAGGUGGGUACUACUUGACAAGCAUCUACGCCAGCCUGUGCCUAAUCCAGAGCCAGCCUGGUACCCCGUGUCCUGGUGGUUUGACCAAUGAGGCCCAGGAGACUCUGAGAGAAUGGAGCAAGAGACGAUCCCAGGAGGCCAAACUCCAUAAAGAGAACCAGCAGAAUCAGAGGUUUGUGCGUAUUCUUUUCCAGAACACUGAGUGUUGUGCAGCCCGUAGUCUUCAAUGGAAAGCAGGCGAGAGCGUGGAAGUGUUAACCCGAACCUGCGCAGAGGUGUUUACUGUAAACGAGCCACAGCAUUAUUGUCUGUUCUGGAGGAAUGGAGGUGAGAUGCAUCCUGUUCCUCUACACACACAGCCUCAUGAGCUGGGUGUCCCCACCCUAUCCUACCUCCGCAAAGAUCACGAUUUCAGCAAGAUGCGCAGGCUGACCAGAGGUGGCGCUGUGGACCUUGAAGAGUCUGCAUGUGAGGAGCAAGAACUGAUGGUCAUUAAGUUUCCACGUUUCCAUGUCAGUGCGCCUCUGAAGAUACAGAAAGCUCACAACCUAAAGGUGAAAGUUCACUAAAUGGGGAACUUGGUAAUAAUGCUUAAAGCAAUAGUUGCCAGUAAAGGGAUCACGAACUAGCCUACUUUUGAAUCACCUGCUACACAAAAUAUAAAUCCUUCAUGUGUAGUCUAGUUGUCUUUGAGAGUGGUUGCCAAGAUUCACUGCUGAAUUAAUCAAUACCAAAGUGUUGAACAUGAUUCCUUAAUACAGCAUCUUUUUUAACAGGUGGAUGAAUAUAUAAGUAUAUAUAUAUAAAUAUAUGUAUAUUAUGUACAUUUAAAUGUACGCAUCUGAGAUGCCCCAAGUGUCAGUAUUCUAUAGAGUCAGUAAAAAAAAUAGGCUCUUUCAACUGUAUUGUAGUGCUUUAAUAUAUAUUUAGGAGAAAACAAAACAUUUCCGGGCUUGUAAAUAGAUAUUUCCAGUGUUUUGAGGUUGUCUCUGGUAUCAUUUUAAACAGUAAACUGGAAAAUUGUACUGUAUUUUUGAGCUCCUUUAUUUCUGCUCAGUCCUGACCGAAUGAAAAAACGUCAAACCUGAAAGACUUGGGUACAUUGCAUUGUGUUUGAAUUGUGUAAAUAAUCUCCAAGAUGAUUCUGCUUAUUUUAUUUAUUUAUUUAUUUAUUUUGUUAUGGUGAAUUUUCCAGUCGUUCCUUUCUGCAGAUGUGGCUGGACCGUGCAGCUGUACCGUGUUGCAUUCGCUGAAUGUGCUUUAAUGGUAACACCCCAUGGUGCGUUAAGUGAUCACAUACACAUGCUAUAUGGAUUGACUGGUUUUCGCUGUGUGAACUGACCGUCUUAUCCUAUUUUACUGGAUCUCACGCAGACGCUGAACUUUGUAACACUUUAUUGCCAUGAUGUAUUGUAUGACCUUAUUCUACUUAAGUAUUCAUUUAAUUUUAGUGAGGAACAUUUCAACAAUUAUUGCAAAUGGACUUGAUAUUUGGAAUGACGUGUUUGAAAUAUUUGAUCUCUGCAUGCAGCCAGUUGUAACCAGGUGUCGCCGAUAUCAUAUUGCGCAUGUUUGAAGUGCAAAUCUUAGCUUUUUUUUCUCCUCAUUGCACUGGAAUGAAUGUGCUGUAUUUUUCUUCGGUAACAAAUAACAUUAAAUCUUUGUGGAUGCUAAGAGAUAAAGAGCUGUUUUACUUUCUUUUAUUAUGGACACUCGGGCAAGAUUGUGGAGAUUUGCAGGAGUUUAGUUCAACUUUAUUGUGUACACUGAUGUUGUAUUUCUGUUGUUGUUUAAUGCCACUGUAGUGGAGAAUAAUGAGGUUAAUGCAGAAGU